AUGAAAACUGAGACAGAAGAAACAACCGACACUUUUGAGUAUGAAAAUAAUCCAGACAAGACCACAAAAUUAGACAAUCCUGAGAUUAGUCAGGACAUAGCCUUAAAUAUUGAAAAUAUCAAUUUUUUUAAAAGAUCUCACAGGAUGACAAAGGCGAUAUCGCUUCUAUUUAAUUCUUCUUUGAAUCCAAACGAGAGAAUGAAUAAAAAAGAAUUGAUGCUGAUUUGAUAUGAGCUCAAUAUGGUUGAUAUCGAAAGCAUUACGUUUAUACUUCCAGCUUUUAUUAAUCUAGAAGCUCUAUACUUAAGCAACAAUAGUAUAGGAGUUUUACAAGCACAAAAAUUAUCUGAAUGCCUUGUAUAUUUAAAAGAACUUCGAGUGCUAGUUAUAGCUAGCAACAAUAUAGGGGAUGAAGGAAUAAAGUGGAUUUCUACUGCGAUAAAAUAUCUAAAUCAUACUACUUAAGAGUGAACAAGAUUUUAAGUUCGUUUUUCAGAGGAAUUAAUGUUAUUAGGGUUAUAAUAAGUAAAUAUUUAAAAAAUCUAUAAAAUAUAAUUUUUUUUGGUGCAAAUUGUUGAAGAUUAUUAAUGUAUUAAAUAUUUUGUUGCUCGAAAGGAAAGCUAAUUUCGUAAAAUUAGGGAUUCCAAUGGUUUUUGUUCGCUCUUAAUGAAAGAGUAAAAAACAUAAAAACGCUCAAUUUCAAAUUAAAUAGCAUCACACAAAUUGGGGCUAAAUUUCUGAAGCUAUCAAUAAAGAAUUUUCGUUACUUGCGAAGAAUUGAGCUUGGAGGCUGCUGUCAAGCACAGAUCCCAACCCUACCUCCUACCCAUAUGAGAUCAUGAUCCCACCCCCUUGAUAGACCAUUACCUCACCUCUAUAGCAUAUAAUAUGGGAUAUUAUCAUAUGAUAUAUAAUAUUAUCUAUAUCCAAUAAUUCCAAGCAUCUUGUAUUUAAAUUACUUUAUUAAUUUAAAAUAAGUGUUUCCAUAAUUUGCUUAUGAAUAAUGGUUCCAAAAAUAUUGCCAAUGGGUUAAGUUAGUGAGUAACUAUUGUCAGAAUAAUUUUCUUUUCCUUUUUAUUUCCCGACAAAUUGCCAUUCAUCUAUCUUGUGUCAUUCCUCUUAGCAUAACUAGGCACGCUUUUAAAGGGUAAAUUGAGCUGGAUUACUGUGCGUUAACUAUGUUUCUUUAUAUAAAUGCUCUGCAAUACUAACUAUAAUCCCUUGGCUAGAUUUCUUAUGGCCGUUAUACGCGUAAUUUUCAUAUUAAAUUUCAAAUUAUGAAUUUGCCGCACUAAAAUCUGUGUUUUGAAACGUAUAUUUGGUUUCCACAUACCCAAUUCAAAAUGGCAUGCAUGUGCAUAAUAAGAAAUAAAUCCAACACAUCAUAUUAAAUAAAGCAAUUUUUUAUAUUAUAUGUGGUGAGGAUGGGGCUAUUACCUGAGCUCUACCAGGCAGCGAUUUACUCACAAAAAAUACAAUUGGCCCAAAAGGAGCAAAAUUUAUAGGAUCUGCUCUAAAAGAACUGAAUUUUGUCCGAAAAAUUGACUUAGAAGGAAAUGAAAUUAGAGAUAAAGGCCUUUCUGGAUUAAAGCCUGCUAUUUCAUUCAACCGAAAUUUAAAAGCGAUAAAUUUGUCUAAAAAUAGCAUUACCGCUGAAGGAAUCAGCAUUUUAAGCAACAUUUUGCCAGAACUGAAAUUCUUAUGACGCCUUGAUCUAUCCUACAAUAACCUCUCAACGAUUUCUCAUUACAACUUUUUUCAUGCUUUUAAAUCGCUGAAAAAAUUAAAAUUGCUUAAUCUAUCAAGAAAUAAAAUGGUGACGUUGACCGCACUCCCUAUGGCAGGUAGGACCCAUCCUGAUGUGUUGAAAGUAGGACCUCUGCUUCGGUGGAAGUAGGCCUUCAGGCUUCGGAAUGCCUUGCCGAAAAGGGAAGUUUUAUUUCUCCCCGAAGGUUUUUCCUGUCACUGCCAGAUGGGCUAGACAGGUUUUGCCUACCACAUGGUCUUUCCUCAUCGGGGCAAUCGGGGCGCUAUCUAAGAGCGGCUGUGCUCAGGGCGAGCUAAUCCUCUGGACAGGUGAUUCAGGUCGGAAAUCUAAGAUGGAGUCCUUGGAUGCCAUUUUGGAGCCGGGACGGAGCGGAUGGUCAGCACCUGCGGGAGCGCUUAUGGCUGGAUACUUAAUAACUUAACUUAAAUUAAUCUAUCAGGGACAAAUUUAAACGAAAAUGAUUUGGCCUUUAUUUUUACAAACCACUCAUUAUUUUCUAGCAUAGAAACUUUAUGCUUAAAUGAAAACAAUAUAAAUGAUGAAGGCGCAGAAAUAAUUUCUAAUGGUUUGGAGAAUUUUAUGUCUUUAAAGUCUAUUACACUUUAUGGUAAUAAAAUUACUGAUGAUGCUUUUGAGAUGUUAAUAGAGAGUUUUAUUAAAACAAACCUAAGAAGAGUAGACCUAGGCCAUAACCUAUUUACUUCAAAUAUAAUAAAGACUAUCAAAAAGUACAAAGAUGAGCUUGAAAGAUUUCAAAGCUUUAAUCUUAGGUCAGAAAUUAAUGAAAAGCUAAACCAAAAACUUUCGAUGUCAAGAAAGAGCGAUAUUUUGCUUCAAUAA